UUACAGGAUGUCGUUUCCGGUGUUGAUAAAUUGGGUAUUUCUGACAACCCUUUGGACUACUCGGAACGAAAUUCAGAUGAGGUGUAUGCAGGUCUUCCAACAGCCUUCAACAGCAGGCGACUGGCAGACUCUAUCAAAGAAUGUAUGGAACGCCUUACUGCUUCUUCGCUUUCCCCCAUGAAAGGGAUUAGACCUUUGUUAACAAAGAUGGAGUGUCUUGCUGUGAUAGCAAACAUCUACGGUCAUGCUUCUGUUGAGUGUCACGUGUGGGACAGAAUGUUCACUGUGAGCGAGCAGUCUGGCCGGUUCCUAGAUACUGCUUUUUCUCACAUCAACCGUCUCCUGGCCAAGUUGCUUUCUGAGGAGGAGAAAGUCAGCGAUGCGACCGCGUUGAAAAGUGCAGCCGCUCUCUUGGUCAAACAGCUGAAGGAACAGAGUGGUUUACUGGAUGCAGUCAGCGAGGCCGCUCUGACCGGACAGUUGCCUACUCCACACGCGCACUUCCAGUCGAUUUUUGUCGAUAUAGGUUCGGCCUAUUUGGAAUGCUAUUUUGAUUGGCCUGCGUUCUCCGCCCGAAUGAGCUUGAUACCGUUUCGUUAUGUGGACUUCUUCGUCGGGAAGUCUUGGGCUGCCGUAUGUGCUCGAGGAUAUUUCUACUGGUUUGAUCUACACGCCAGGUGCUUGUUUGGUGCCACCAACCUACCUCAGCGUUCACAGUUUUCGUCCACAUCAGAGACCAGUCCACCGGUUGUUCACCUGCCCGACUCCGUUCUUCAUGCGGCUGUCAUAGUCCGUAUGCAUGGCCGUACACUGGUACAAUUCAUGCGGCAAUGUUGCGAAAGCCGAUUGGGCAAAAUUCGCCAAAAACUCAUAGCAGAGAAAGAAGACAACAAGGAGAAUGCACCAAAUGCUGCAAAUAAACCAUUUACUGAGCCUGAUUGUGAAGAAUGCCCGAAAACAUCUGCUUGGGGCAACUCACGCCUAUCAGACAGCGAACUGUUGAACAUUUGGUUAGGAACUCGGCUCUUGGUGCGUGGCUGUCUUCAGGUCGCCGAAUUGUACACUUUGCACGGUAGUGUUCGCGAGGCGCGUGCCUAUCAGGACGAAUUGCUUCGUGUGAGUCAACGGUUUCACAUUCCUGCAUGUGCUCAAACAGCUCUCUCCCUCAUGGCUCACUUGGAUUUAUUCGCUCAGCGAAAAUGGGCCUUUGAAUUACGGUUACGCCAACUUCAUCAUAUAGCCACUUGUACCAUGCCCUUGGAAGAAAUUUUCCGCGAGAAAAAACGCUUCCAAACUGAUGUCGAAUCCAAACGCGACUUUCAGGCAGAUGAAGCCGGCGAGUCGGCCUUUCUGCACUCGGACGAUUCCACUUCGAUCGCUUCUCAACAUCAGACAGCCACAAAACUGGACGACGAAUCAGGCUUUGAAGGGAUUAGCACGGACACAUUAUCUGCUGCCUCCAAUCCUCUGAUUGCUGCAAACGUGCAUGCUUUCGCCUCUAUUUUCCCCUGCAGUCCAACCAGGGCCAGAAACUACCGUCAAUCUUCCAAGCCUGAAUGUUUUCCAACUUUUUCUCAAAUAGUUUCUCUGAUCACAGGCACUUCGUCGCGUCCCAGUAGACGGUCAACUGCCGUAUCCGAAUCCAAUAAAAAGUUACAGAUUCUGGAUGACACCCUCCUCUCUGUGGGUGGCCUCUCACUGACAACUUGUGUCUAUCGUAUACUGAACGGCGUUACGUGGCCGUGGCUCGUGGAGGUCAUACGUUUGGUACGCGAGGAGCUUCUGUCGGAUGUCCAUUACCUACCCGCCGCCAUGGCAAACAGCAGCGUCGAAAGGGAAUUCCAAACGACUGAAAAAGAGGAAACCGAGGCACUACUCACUGCUUUGGCCUCGCUCACUGCAAGUCCUCCGAAAACGACCGGUGAAUCUAACAGUUCGAGAGGCCUCACGCAGAACAUGAUGAACUCGGAACCAGAUCAUGAUCCAGGUCAUUCUGAAAACCCUUUACACACUGGAAGAACAAUGUUGCCACCACCUCCGCUUCCGAAGGCCCCGCGGCGUCUUGCAGACCGCCGACGAAGUCCUCGGGAUGCAGCUGAGGGCGUUUUUUGCCAGCCCAGGGCUAUGCGAGCUGUACAAGCACGAAAGCACAAACACGCUGCUGAUGUUGAACCUAUGCGCACCGAAGUGGUGGCCACGAACAAUACUCCAGUGCGUCCAAGACGAACCCGUUCUGCUGCCUUACCAAAACGGGCAACACAUAAGGAGGCUAUUCAUCAGCCUGUCCGACAUUCGGACGCUGAACAGGAAUACGAUGACAAUUUUCUACUGACGCAGUUGGGGUACCGGGUAGCGCCAAGCAAACCGAUUUUCGACAGACCGAGACCGAUGGAAUUUUACGUGGAUAAUGAUGGGGACCCUACUCGAACAAAGUUACAGCCUGGAGGUAGCAUGCCUACGUCGAACUCCACUGCUUCCCGACCGUCCGAUCAGAUGUUUGAUCCAGUCGAAUCCUGUCCAUCUCUUACGGGUGUUCUCGCUCGACCACGUAACCUUCGGCUGGCCUCAAAGUGGGGCAGUGCCCAACUUCGUUCAACCCACGGAAUGGCGGGCCCGGAACCAACGUUACCCUACGCUGGGACCGCAGAUGCCGGACUCCUUCAACAGCAGAUUGCCAACGCCGAGGAAUGUGCCACAAAGCUUGCUGACCGUUUGACCGCCGCCUACAACCAACUUUCUGGCCUCCCUGUUCCCAACCUCCUUCGUCCCAUAUGCCACUGGCUCGGAUUGCGUUGGCUGAGCCGUGGUAGCCAGGGUCAAGCGGGUCGAUAUUUUGCACAAUCCGUCGGGAUCGCGCCUACUAGUCUAUUCACCUCCAUUCUCAGCUCUCGCUUAUCUGAAUCAAAAACUUCAUGCCCCAGCAACGUGCCGUCUGCCCAAGUUAACGCGUGGUUUGAAGGUUACCGACGCAUUGUUGAGUGUUGUGCUCCAUACAACCCGUUGGCCAGCCAAGAGAAGUUAACCAAUUCUACCUCUUCUGACCGACGUUUUAUCACAGUGAUACAACUUUGUCUUGUGGACGAAGUUGCUGUUGGUUUGCCGUCACCCAGCGUUGCUGAUGACACUAGCCUGGAUUGUGUAGCGCUGGGCCUGGGUGCAAAAUCCAAUGCACAACUUGUGGUUACCAAAUACACAGGUGUAUCUGGUCUUCCUUGUUCCGAACUUCACUCGGAAUCUCGCGUCAUGCACCGCUUCACAAACGGAGGCCUAAAGCUUCUCGAUGCUUUUGAUGAACUUCAAGUUGAAAGCCUCGAUUCCAUGCAAAUUCAAGAUCGCGUUCGCUACUGGCGUACACGAUACAAACUCGAUACACGUCUCGAAAAUAUGCUAUCGGAAAUUCGCAGAGAAUUGUUCACCCCCGAUGACCUACGUUGGCUUCUGGGACAGCCUGUAGACAGUGGUCCUGUUGAGACUGUGCGACAUGAAUCAAGUUCCAUAGUUCUAGUCCUCGACAGGCGUCUGAUCUAUCUUCCCUGGGAGUGGAUAUUUUGGGGAACGGAAGUGGAAGUCAAUCAACCGUCGCAACACCAACAACUUGUGCCCAACAUCACGCGUAGUUUCAGUCUACCUCUGGUCAUAGCACAUUUGGCCACUCAACAGGAACCAAAUACGUUCACGUUCGAUCCGCGACAAACCUAUUACGUACUCAAUCCGGAAGCCAACCUAUCCUUCACGCAACAAAUGUUCCAACCGCUGUUCGAACGGUUCCUAACUUGGCGUGGUGUUGUUGGCCGGGAACCGACUGCGGCCGAAGUUAACAUUGGUUUUACAGACAAUGAAUUGUUCAUUUACUUGGGCCAUGGGAACGGUUCUCGAUUCUUGUUGCAUACCUUCAACCAGGGCCUGAAUGCUCGUGCUGCCGCUCUGGUAUUGGGUUGCAGUUCCGGGAAGCCGCGUUGGGAAGGUCGACAUGAACCCUACUCGUCCCUGUUCAAUCAUUUACUGGCUGGGUGUCCAUUUGUUGCAGGUUUACUGUGGGAUGUCACAGAUCGGGAUAUGGAUCGAUUCACCUUACAAUUCUUCAAACAGUGGCUCUUUACCGACAAUGGCAGUGAAGCGGGUGAGGACAUCAUCAGCAAUAGUUUGACAGCCAACCACAAGAAACCGCCUAUGAGCACAUGUUUGGUUCAGGCCACAUCGGCUUGCAAGUUAAAACAUCUGGUUGGAAAAUCUGUAAUCAUCUAUGGGAUCCCUGCAGAACCGUUGUUAAGGCUUCCUUUGAACCUGGUAUACAAUCUAACCGGUUCGAUGGGUUUUCUGAUGAGGGGAUCCUGUCUCUUACUCUUCUGUGGCUUUCUUCCAGCAAAGGGUGAUUCGUCCGAUUUGAUGCCUUGGGUUGCAAUUGCCCACGUUCCACGAUUGGAAACUACUCACAAGGUUGUUGAAAACUCUUCGACAGCUCACGACCAGUUUCGUUCUUCUUGGGGCUCAUCAGAUAGGCACAGUCCCCGAGUUUCCGUCAACUUUAUGUGCUACUUGAACCUAAAUUGGACUGUUUUCGAGAAAUACACUCAUUUCCAAAUCAAUUUCGUUUUCACGAGAGAUUCAGCUGAGUCUCUGUCUUAG